UGUACCAGCUCCCGCCGGGAUGUCGUCACCUCCGGUACAUGCUGGCCCAUAGGAAGUGUAUGUCUCAUUCCCCAUGGCAUGUUGUCUCUCCCUCCCAGUCCCCAUGCCCAUGGCCGGUAGCAGCAGCCCACCACCGCCGGCACCGAGCUGUGGCUGUAAGGGGAUCCGCUCCUGCCUGCAGUGCGAGUCUCCGGGCCGGGCUCUGCCCAGGGGGGCACACCAGACCAAGUCAUUUAUAUAUAUCCCAGAGCACGGCAUAGCUCAGGGAAUACAGAACACACAUUCAGAUGGGUGGUGGUUUCCCUUCCCUGGUGUGGGUCUGAUAGAAGAUUUUGUGACAGAAGAUGAGGAAAAAGAGAUGGUACAUGCCAUGGACCAGGACGAAUGGAGAAUUUCACAGUCCGGGAGAAGGAAACAGGAUUUUGGUCCAAAGGUAAACUUUAAGAAACAGAAAAUAAAGGUUGGCAACUUCACCGGCCUUCCUAGUUUCAGCAGAGUUCUCUGGGAAAGGAUGAAGAAUCACACUGUCCUUCAAGGGUUCUGGCCAGUUGAGCAGUGUAAUCUGGAUUACAAUUCAGAUAGAGGAUCCGCUAUUGACCCCCACUAUGACGACUCUUGGCUUUGGGGUGAAAGACUAGUCAGCUUAAAUCUUCUUUCAAGUACUUUGCUCACUAUGACCAGUUCCUCGGCAGAUAGUCUGCAGCUGAUCUCUACUUCAGAUUGCUGUGACCCAAGUGGAAUACUUACUCACAAUGUUAAUGAUUUCAGUUCUGUAAAUAAUGCACAGCCUGGCUUCGAGGACUACACAGCGCACAUCAAACCAAAGACUACCUCAGUUCCACAUAGUGAUGUGGAAGUAGCCAUAUGUUUACCAAGAAGGUCCCUAGUGGUUUUAUAUGGAGAUGCGCGUCACUGCUGGAAGCAUGCUAUACAUCGUGAACACAUCCAGCAACGCAGAGUUUGCAGCACAUUCAGGGAACUGGCCGCAGAGUUCAGUACAGGUGGCGAGGAGGAGAAGCUAGGACAGAUGCUGCUGGAUAUAGCGCUGGGCUUCCAGGGAAAAUCAGUUUAGUGCUAGGUUCAAUCCCGAAAAUAUAUAUAUUUUUUUAUAUAUUUAUAUAUACACUGCUCAAAAAAAUAAAGGGAACACUAAA